GAAGGUUGUUGCGAUUCUUUUUUUGGCCAUGUUCAAUUAUAUGUCUGUUGUCUUUUCAUCGGGAGUAUGACAAUUGUAUUAGCAGUCUUUCUUUUAGGGUAAUGUAUCUAAUGGUUGCUUGCCGUUGGUUUCUUCCUCCGAGUGUGGUACCGGAGAGGUUCAUUUGGCAAGGCUUCAUCAGUUGGUUCUUGGUGUGUUGAGAGAGCUUCUUUGUACGGAAUUGGACGUUUUGUUUAAUGUCACAUCAGUUUCUAAGGCGCGUGGACCAAGCAACGGUUCCCCUUGUUGAGUUUUGAAGCUUUCGGUUCUUGAUCUUAUCGUUUGGCGGGCGAGGCAGCAACGAUAGGUCGUGGUUUGGAUGCAGAAGUGGAGGUUACCGGGUGGCGGGCUAUGGGCAGCAGCGGUAACUCCCGAUCUUUGGUCUUUGCUUAGUUUUAAAGAUUGCUAGUCGUUAUGUUAUAUGUUCCUGCUUCGUAUUUGUUAACAGCUUGUUUGGUUCUAGUUGUGGAGUUGAUUUUGUUUUAUCCUUGAGUCAUCCCGGUGUGGGUUUAAGUCGCCCCUGUGUGGGUUCUAGUUGCCGUUUUCUAUGGGCUCUUGCUUCUGCGGCUAUUUCGUUUUGCUGUCAGCUUUGUAUGAAUUUGGUAUUUUAACUAUGAAUGAAAUUUCAAUUUGGGAAAAAAAAAAGUGUUUUCAACUAUUUCAGCAUGAAUUGACGUAUCAAUAAAUAUUAGUCUUUUAUAUCGUCUAUAUGAUAAGAUAGGGUCCAAAAUAAGCCUACCAGAAAUCGUUGGAGACAAUCAUUGACAUAGAGUAGUCUUCACGUCAAAUAGGAAGAAAGAAACUGACUCUAACGAACUAGCUCAGACUUUUCUUUUAUACUUCAUCUCAAAGCUACUUCUUCUCUUUCUCAUAGAGGAGUUGGUGUGAUGACUAACAUCAUACCCGUUCGUUUUAAGUUGUUACUAUUUCCUCCUAUCUAAUUUCUGAUUAUUUUUUUUUUUUUUUUUUUUUUUUUUUUUUUUUUUGAACAACUUUCUGAUUAUUUUCUUAAGCCAACCUUUUCAUAACUUUACCAAACAUAUACUAUGUUUUAAUUUUAAACCAAAACUUUUUUUUGUGAAAAAAGUUUGUCAAGUCGUUCUAACCUCCACGUUUUCUCUUUGUCGAAGUCCCAAUUCAAGGGAGAGUAGUAUUAUUGAACUUUUCUUCUUAUACUGCUAUAUCUUUAAAACUCAACAGUCAACGUAGUAUUUCCUUUAUUUCACUUAACUUGUCGAAUCAAAAUUUGGUGUGUUUUGGUUUAGUAAAUAACUUACUCCUGAACUAAACACAAUCCAUUCAUGAAUUUAAUAACCAAACGUUCCAAACCCAUUAAACCAAAAAUAUCUUUCUAUAUAUAUAUUUAUAACCUAUGCUUUUCCCUCCACUACAGGUUCAACAUCAUCGAUCACACCAUGCAUCAUCAUCCAUACAAUCGUAAACCCAUCACCGUCUUCUCCUUCUUCUUUCUUAUCUAUCAUAUCCCACAACCCAUCGAAGCUCGAAACCCAUCUCAAUUCACGAUCAAACCAUCACGGCACAACGUCAAUAUACCGGAAAUAAAACGUCACCUUCACCGGUUCGGUUACCUCCAACGCAACAACAACAACGUCUCGUUCGAGCAAGCUCUCUCUCGCUACCAAAAAAACCUCGGUCUACCGAUAACCGGGAAACCAGAUUCCGACACGUUGUCACACGUUCGGUUACCAAGAUGCGGAUUCCCUGAUGACGUGGACUCCAAAACGCCGCCGUUUCACACAAAACAAAAAUACGUGUAUUUCCCCGGAAGGCCCAGGUGGACAAGAGACGACAACAUCCCACUGCAACUCACCUACGCCUUCUCGCAGGAGAACCUAACCCCUUAUCUAACACCAACACAAAUACGCCGCGUGUUCCGACACGCUUUCGCCAAGUGGGCUUCGGUGAUCCCCGUAAGCUUCGUCGAAACAGAGGACUACGACACCGCCGACAUCAAAAUCGGAUUCUUCGCCGGAGACCACGGCGACGGAGAGCCGUUCGACGGUGUUUUAGGCGUUUUAGCGCACACUUUCUCGCCGGAAAACGGUAGGCUUCAUCUGGACAAAGCAGAGACGUGGGCCGUCGAUUUCCAUGAGGAGAAAUCGACGGUUGCCGUUGAUUUGGAGUCUGUAGCUGUGCACGAGAUAGGUCACGUGCUUGGGCUGGGCCAUAGCUCGGCGAAAGACGCGGCUAUGUACCCAACGUUAAAGCCCAGAAGCAAGAAAGUGGACUUGAACGUUGAUGAUGUCGUUGGAGUACAGUCUUUGUACGGAACUAACCCAAAUUUCAACUUAAGUGGUUUACUUGCGUCGGAGACUUCGACCAAUCUAGCUGCUGAUGGCAAGUUGGUUCGGUCCGAAGGAAUGAUCUAUUCGACAUUGAGUACUCUUUUUGUUCUCGGUUUUUUAAAUCUUUAGGUUCGCAUAGACCACAGAUGGAUUAAUUGAAUCUCAAAGUGUAUAGAAUCAUGAAUGCAUGGAAUAUAAUUAAGUCGUCUUGUUUUAUUUUUUUGUAAGCUCAGGAGUGUUGAAUGUAUUAUGUUUAUUAUAACAUGGACAUACAGCAGCAACGAGGCCCAUUACAAAUGGGUUAUAAUA